AUGUUUAAUAAUAGUUAUUUUGGUUACACGGUACAUUUGUAUUACGAACCGGAUAUUGAUACAUCCUGGUUGAUAGUUGGAGCACCAAAAGGAAAUUAUUCUUGGUCUUCAACAAAAAGAUUAUCUUAUUUGAUCGAGCCUGGUAUUGUAUAUCGUUGUGAAAUCGAAAAUUCACAUUUAUAUCAUAGAAUUGAAAAUCAUAAAUGUCAAGAAAUUAAACCAGAAAAAAUUGAAAAUGAAAAAGGAUACAUAACGCAACUCGGAAUGAUGAUGUGGAUACGGAAACAAUAUGGGUGGUUCGGAAGUGCAAUUGCAAUAGAUAGAAUAAAUGGAAUUUUAACAGCAUGUGCACCACGAACAAUUGUGGCACUUUUAUAUAAAUCUUUAGAUAUUAAUUUGGAAACUAUGCAAGGGAUGUGUUACAGUGGAAAAAUUUCUUCGAAUACUCUGAUAAUCGAAGAGAAAGAUCUUAAGUUUUAUGAUUUUAUGUCAACAUUUUGGUACAAUCCGAUACAUGGUUUUUCCGUUCAUUAUGCAUCGACAAAGAAGAAAAUAAAUCGCAUCAUAGGAGAGCCAAAACAUGAAGAUUAUGGAACUGUGGAUAUACAAUAUUCAAAUAAAAGAAUGACCGUGGAAUUACCAUUAAAUGACGAUUUAUCCCAAUUUGGAUACAGCGUUGAAUCUGGUUAUUUCUUUAAAAAGGAUCAAUUAUUAUUCGCAAGUGGAGCACCAGGUUGGAAGUAUAAAGGCUUGGUCGGAAUAAUUAAUCCAGCAUCGAAUAUAUCAAUCAUCACGAAAUUAUAUGGUACUCAUAUUGGCGAAUAUUUUGGAGCCAGUUUGGCUGUAGGAGAUUUAAAUAGAGAUGGUUUGGAUGAUCUUCUUAUUGGAGCACCCUAUUGGGAAGAAGAUACUGGUAGAGUAUAUAUAUAUUUUGGUACAUCCAAGGAACAGUUUGAAAUAGCUGUGAUUUUACAUGGAGUUACAGAAGGAGGACAUUUUGGAUACGCCAUAGCUAGUGGUGAUUUAGAUGCUGAUGGAUUUGAUGAUGUUAUUGUGGGAACACCUUGGGAAGAUGAUGGAGUUAUUUAUGUGUUUAAUGGGACUCCAGAUUUAAAAAAUAUGAAUUUACAAAAAUCGCAACGAAUCGAAGCUGUAAAAUUAUUUAAAUAUAAUUCUUCACAAAGAAUACUUCGAUUUGGAUUUUCAAUAUCAAAACCGAUUGAUAUUGAUAGAAACGGAUAUUUGGAUAUCGCAAUUGGAGCAUAUAAAUCAGAGCAUGCUAUUAUAUUACGUAGCAAACCAAUAUGGAAAACAGAACUUUUCAUUGAAACUAUACCUAAUAUUUUGCAAAGAGAUGCUAAACAAUUUUUAGUCAGAAUAUGUCCACGAUACAAUAUGUAUGGCAUGUUACACGAUAUUGUCACAGAUACUAUAAAAUUUAAGAUUACAGCCAUUAUAGACGAACGUUACCAGCGAACUAAAGAAACAAUUUUAGAAAUGAAAUCUUCUAAUUUAAGUAUUUGUUUAUCUAGUAAAGUUAAUAUUUUGAAAGAUAUACGAGAUUUUAUCGAGCCUAUUAGUAUAAUUGCAAAACAUGAUUUUUUACACGAUAACGUAUCAAAUGAAUUUUGUAAAUUUUGUCCUGUUGAAAAACACAAUAAGAUACAAAAUAUAAAAGUUUUACUUCCUUUUAAUAUUGGUUGUGGGGAAGACAAAAUCUGUAAUUCUAAUAUAUCUGUUACUGCAAAAUUUUAUAAUGUAAGAUAUAACAAUAUGUGGAUAAUUGGUUCAAACGACAUAAGUUUAAAAAUUAAUUUAAAAAAUUAUGGAGAACCUGCAUAUCUUACCACACUCGAAUUUAAAUUCCCCGAGAGAGUAAUAUUACGUAGUAUUUUACCCUUUUGUCAAGAAGACAUUUCUAAAGAGAAUUUAAUAGUAAUUUGUGAUAUAGGAAAUCCUAUUUGGAAAGAAGAAGAGAAAAAUGUCAAAUUAGAUUUGGAUAUGAGAUAUUUAAUUAAUGGAUCAUUAUAUGAUCAUAAAUUAUAUUUUUAUAUAACAAUAAAGACUCGUAGUAUAAAUCAUGGAAUGACGAGUAUAACUAAAACUCUUAAUUUAGUAAACGAAGUUUCUCUAUCUUUACAUGGAAAAGCAAAUGAAGAAGCCUAUUAUCUAACUUUAAACGAAAUUGCUCAAAAUGUUACUUUUCAACAUACUUAUCAAGUAUAUAAACUUGGAGCAUCACCAAUAGAAAUUGCGCAAUUGAUUGUUAAAAUACCAUUAGCUUUUAAAGAUUUACAUUUGAUAUACAUGUAUAAAUCUCAAGAGAACUUUUUGAAUGUUCAUCAGAGACUAAUUUAUUGGAUAUUCAAGAAGAAUCAUCUUUAA